AUGUAUACAGAAACACAACUUCGACAACUUAAAAUACCUGACCUAAAGGAAAUAUUAUCUAAGGAAAGCCUACCAGUUUCUGGCAAAAAGGAAGAUUUGAUAGCCAGAAUUUUGGCGGCUGAGAAUAAAAAAACAGAGGAGGCUUUGAAACAAGCCAGCAAUAUGGAUAUUAGUAAUGUCAUUAACAAUGAUACCGAUCCAAAGCAUGACGAUGAUUUAUUUGACAAGGAUCUACUAAAUUCGCCAAAUGACCUCACAACAGGGCUUGAUAAUUUUGAUUGGGAAAAAUUCACUACCGAUGACAUUGAUGCUUUAUCCAAAGAUAACACAUUUGAUUCGCUUAUUUCUCCCACUUCCCCUUCACAUUCUACCAAUUCCAAUAAAGAUAAUAAUACUCAAGAAAAAGUAAAACCUGAUGUGCCCAAAGAUGAUCAAUCCCAAACAAUAAAAUCGGACGAUGCCAAAAAAACUUCAAUUAAAGAUGGUACAAACUCAGAAAUUCCUAAGUCUGAUGUUCUUGUCAAACCGUCAGGAUUCACAUGCAAAAAGAUUGUAUUUGACGAACCGACAUCACCGAUUAGUAAGAGCCAAUCGGAUUUAAAUGCAGAAAUUGAAAGGCGAAAGAAACGUGCAGAGCGCUUUGGAACGCAAUUAUCAGAAGCAGAUAAAAAGCUUCAAAGGGCCGCAAGAUUUGGGGUUGAAGUCACUAGUCCUAUUGAUUCUCCUCUCAAAGUUGAUAAUGAUGAAAAACUGAGAAAGCGGGCAGAGAAAUUUGGUCUUGACAAGACAAAAAACGAAACACCUACAAAUGUAAUGGCUACAUCAAAUUCGUUAAGUGAGGAAGAGAAGAAAAAGAAGAGAGCUGAAAAAUUUGCCCCACCGUCACCGGUAUUAACUGGCACAUCCACCUCUUCACUAUCUACGCUUAGCGAAGAGGAGAAAAAGAAAAGAAGGGCCGAGAAAUUUGGCACUAAUGUAAAUGAAGAAAUGUUAAAUAGAUAUAGAAUCAAAAGAUGA